CGGGCGAUCCGACGCCGACGUCAGUGGGGAUACGCGAUCGUCGCCACGGGGGCCGCGGGCGGGAGGGCACUGGGAACGGAGGGGGGAGGCUCAGAAUUGCGAGCUUAGGCCGUCCCGGGACGCUUACGCGGAACACGCGGACACGGCUGAACUCGCGCCACCGCGCCGGCAUUACGUCGCGCACCGUCGACCGCGACUGACGUUCGCGUGGACGUUCCUCGAUUCUCGAUCGACUUCCACUCGACCUAUCACCGCGACCACCGGAUGCGAGUAUUCGCGCCUGCAAGGUAUCGCGACACAGCCUCCGUCGCACAGUGAAAGCCCCGACGAGUGUACGAGUGUACCAGUGUGCGAGUGUACGGUCAAGCUUCCGAAUCGAAAAGUUACCCGUUCAACAACCUGUAGGAAUCUUGCGCACUCCGCUAAAAACGUGCCAUUACGUCCUCGCUAUCGGUGACUCGGGGAUUAAUGACAGGAACUCAACAGUGACAUUAUCGCGACCGAACUGUUUGGUCGAAUCGAUUUUUUUUAUUGAUGAUCGUUAAGGAACCGUGUGGAGUGUCGUUAAUCUUGGUUACCUCGGCUUCGUAAUCUCAAAGUUUAUCCGCGCCUUGUGCAGCUUCGAGAAAAUCAUCGCUCGAUCGAAAAUUGUUGAUACACAUGCGUACGAGUAUAUGUGAGGAUCGAUCAAGCGUCGUCUAGAUCAGCGACACCUCGUAGCGUGUAGAAGUUUAGAAGUGUAGAAGUCUGUUUGAACGUUGCAUCGAUAUCGCUAGCGGAAGGCAUGGCGUUGGCGGGAAACCGGUAGAACGAUCCUAGGUCCGCGAUGGAACUGGGAGAAACGUCUGGAAUGGUGCGAGUGUAGAAAAUGUCAUCGCGGACGCGAUGACGGAUCGUUGGUCUAACGAAGAGAAAGGGUAGAGGAAAAAUUAACUGGUGGACGAAAGGAAGGCGGUAGCGGGGGUGUUCGGAGGAUUUGGCGAGCGUGUACGCGCAGAGGCGGCAAGUGAAAUCACGACGUUCUGCUCGGAAGGUGCGUGCUUUGGCGACGAGGGGCGGCUACUGGCCGAUGGGAUGCAUCUACCGGUGGGUUCCGUGGGCUGCGGGGAGAAUUACGCCACCGUUGGAUCCCACGAAGGCGCCGGCCCCUGCGGCCCCUCACUGGCGCCGCUUCAGGGGGUGAACACCAGGUACCAACAGGCUGACGACGCCGACGCCGGGGGUGGUGGAGGCGAGAUGAGCGAAGGUGCCGCCGUCGGCGAGCUCUGGUGGACCGAGAGGCUCGUCGGCGAGGCACAGGCCGAACACCCUGGCGAACUCGUUCGAACAGGAUCACCGUAUUUUCUCUGCAGCCAACUGCCGACUCAUUGGCGGUCGAACAAGACGCUUCCGGUAGCCUUCAAAGUUGUCGCCCUAGGCGAGGUCGGCGAUGGAACUCUGGUGACAGUGCGAGCGGGCAACGACGAAAACUGUUGCGCCGAACUAAGGAAUUCCACCGCCUUGAUGAAGAACCAAGUCGCCAAGUUCAACGACCUCAGGUUCGUCGGAAGGAGCGGCAGGGGUAAGAGCUUCAGCAUCACCAUAACGGUGUCGACAACGCCACCCCAGGUGGCGACCUAUACCAGAGCCAUCAAGGUGACCGUGGAUGGACCAAGGGAACCACGUUCCAAAACUAGACAAACGCACAUCCCUGGCCUGGCGCGAGUUCCUGCACUGCCGCGAGUUCACGGCCUGGCACGAGGAACUUUCCCCGAUGCUCCGAGCCCGUUCACCCCCUACCUACGAGAACCGGACCCAUACAGGAGGAAUAAGCAUCACGUUGGCAACAACGUCACCGCGAAUUCGGUUAGCGGUGCCUGCAGCAACCCUAACAACACCGACCCGACCGCAUCGCCCGCUUCCAGUACACACCUCGGGGCCACCGGUGGCUCCUCGGCUCAUCAGGAUUGCUACAAGCACAGCCCUCAACACGGCGAUACGGGCACAUGCACAACGGAAUGGGCCUAUUCGUCGACGCCGUCGUCUUAUCCAGCGCCUCCUGUGAGCAGCGGUGGUUCCUUUUCGCCGAUACCGGGCGGGGCGUUCUCCUAUCCAGGAGAGUCCUUGUCUCACCAUCCAACCACGGAACCCGUGCCGUUACCCGCAGUGCUUCCGUCGGAGAACCAGCAGGACACGUACACGCCGAACUGCGUUUCGAUGUACCCAAGCCACGGGACGACGUCGUCGUCGUCUUUGCCUCUGGUACCCAGCAAGUCUACCGAUCCGGACAUCUUCGCUGGAGGUGGUACCGGAAGUGGCAGUCCGGGCUAUCACUACGGUUCCUGGACACCCGGUCCAGCCACGCCAGUUCCAGUCGCCUCUCACAACUACAACCCGAAUUAUCAGGGCUACUACAACAAUCCCAGCCAGAAUUACAUCAGUCCAGCGCCUAUGGUUCUCUACCCGCAGCUCUACAGCACGGUAAACCAGAACCAGAUCCACCUCCACCUUCACGGCGACCUAACCGACGAGCAGGUCACCAUCGCGGGUAGUAAUCUCACUAUCAGCAGCAACAGGUUGGAGAUAGGAGUCCUGGGGGAGGAGAGCGAACAGCGGAACGACGUCUGGAGACCGUACUGAAGGGAUCCCGACGACAGGAAAUUGGGAAUCGAGUGGAAUAUUAGUUGAGAUGGUGAUACUAGUUGAGACGACGAGAAACGUUUCGUAGAAAUGGGAGACGGUCCCCUGUGUGUUGUUAUAAAUGUGAUAUCGAGGAAAGGGUAGCCGCGCUACGCUCGAUCGGAACGUUCCGGAGGAAUGUCGAAACGGGAAAUGUUCCGUUUGGGGACUCCGCGAUGUUCACGGGUGGUAGCGUCUCAGGAUUGACGCGACCGUUAAAGGAUUCGAUGGUUGUGGCAAGAAUCUCGGAGAAAACUGAAAGCAUAGACUGGUUCGUAGUUAGAAUCGAAACUGUUUUAGAGGAGCCUAACCUCUUAGGGUCUUUUCGACGUUUUCGUUGCUCGAAACGAGGCGCGAGUGGUCAGUGUUUUGUGAAAUGUUAUGGAUAAUUGUGUAAUAACUGAAGAAAAUAUAUCAAGCGUUAGGAAGGAUUUUGUCUCGACGGCUUUGUCGGAUUAGGAGCGAGAGGAUCGACGAGGAAAUAUCGGCGAGCGUUUUCACGAAACGGAAAGACAGUCCAUGUAUUGUUGUAAAUACACAGAUAUUUUCCAUGAAAUAAAAUCUUGCCUGAACAACUUCCUGAAUCCCCACCGUUCGCAAGUUCGCCAAUGCGCCAGUUCCCGUUUUGGCGCAUCAAUCGUUUCACGAAUCGGGACGAUCGAAACAGAGGGAAGCUUCCGGUCCACGGACGUAACGUUACCAGCGUUUUUAUUUAGCCGACAGAGUAAUCGUCUUAGCGACGAUUCCCCGUUACGUCAACGCGUAAUUUGACUGCUUCAAUGACAAAGAUCGAUAGAUGCAGACAACGGGGAGUGUUAAAAAUGCAACCAGAUCUGAAAAGAAAAUAUGCAAAUCUCGGUUACAGAU